AGAUGAAUGGCAACACUUCAAAGAAAAAGAACUUCCAAAUAUGAAUGAAGAGGGAAAUAGUAUUAUUCAAACUCUUAAAUUGAGUUAUAAUCAUCUACCUUCACAUUUAAAGUGUUGCUUUGCUUAUUGUAGAUUAUUUCCAAAAGAUUGUAAAAUUAACAUCCCAUAUUUGGUGAACAUUUGGGUGGCACAAGGAUUUAUUAAAUCAUCAAAUUCAGAACAAAGUCUUCAAGAUAGAGGUUUAAAAUAUUUUAAAGAUCUUUCAUGGAGGUCUUUCUUUCAAGAAGUAGAAGAAAAUGCGUUGGGCAAUUUAUGGAGUUGUAAAAUGCAUGAUUUGAUGCAUGAUCUUGCUGCGCAAGUAGCAGGAGAUGAAAUCAUUUUAUUAAAUUCAGAUGCAAAGCGUGUUGAAAAAAACACUCGACAUUUGUCAAUUGAUUUUAAAGUUGAGUCGUGGCAAAAAGUCGCAAGUUGCUUACCUAAUGUGUCAAAGAUGAGAACAUUUACAUCACUUGAUUGGUCAAAAAAGCAUGAUAUUAAAGAAGUAGAAUGUGAGGAAAUUUUUUCCAAAUUAGGUCAUGUAAGAGUAUUAAGUUUGCGUGGUUGGGGAAUUAAGAGAGUGCCACGUUCAAUUGAUAAAUUGAAGCACAUAAGGCUUCUCAGUCUUUCUGAUAACAAAGGCAUUGAAAUCCUUCCUGAUUCCAUUAUUAAACUCCAAAACCUGCAAGCUCUGUUCCUAAUCAACUGUGAAGGGCUUAAACGGUUGCCUAAGCACAUUAAAAAGUUGGUCAAUCUCCAGACCCUUGAACUUCACGGUUGUGUUAGUUUGACUCAUAUGCCACGUGGGAUUGGUCAACUGACUUCCCUUAAGAAUUUAUCACUAUUCAUGGUGGCCAAACGUAGCGGUGGACUAGGUGAAUUACGUGACUUGAACAAGCUGGGAGGAAGUCUAGAGAUCAUGAAUCUACGGUAUGUGAAAAAUCCAGCAUCUGAAUUUAAGGCAGCCAAUUUGAAAGAGAAGCAACACCUUCGAUUCUUGAGAUUAUCAUGGAAAUUGGGCGAUCCCUAUGAUAAUAAUAGUGAUAGUGGUCCAGAUGAUGGUGAAAAUGAUGAAGAAAUGUCAUUGGAAGAGCUGCGGCCACACCUUAAUCUAAAAUGGUUGAUUGUGUUUGGGUGCGGAAGACUCAUGUUUCCAAGCUGGAUUUCUUCCCUCACUAAUUUGGUGAAACUUCGAAUUGAUAACUGCAAAAAAUGCCAGCAUUUUCCACCGUUGGAUCGGUUCCCUUCACUUAAAACUUUGGGGAUUUAUAAUUCAACUGAUCUGGAGUACAUAGAGAGUGGGAUUAAUUGCGACAAUGCAUUAUUAUUCCCUUCCUUAGAGGAACUCUGGCUCUCAAACUGCCCAAAUCUGAAGGGAUGGAGGAGGGAUACAUCCACGCCUCAGUUGCUACAAUUUCACUGUCUUGAUUAUUUGGAAAUCAUGUCUUGCCCUAACCUCACUUCAAUGCCUCUCAUUCCAUCUGUCCAAAAAUUGGUAUUAAAAAAUGCCAGCAAGAAGUCAUUGGAGGACAUACUGAAGAUGAAGAUUUCGGUGUCACAAUCUACCUCUUCUUGUGCUUCGAUUUCCCCUUCUCAAUUGACAAGUCUGCAUAUCGAGAAUAUUGAGGAUCUAGAAGUUCUGCCAGAGGAGUUGCUAACAAAUCUCAUAUCACUCCGACAACUUUAUAUUCGUUAUUGUCCACGAAUAACAAAGGUGUCUUCUGCUUUGCAGCAUCUAACCUCCCUCGAGCAUCUUGUCUUCUUGGCUUGUGAGGAGCUUGAUUUAUCUGAUUCAGAGGAUCAUAGUGAUAUGCCGUGGCAGUACCUUAGAAGCCUCCAGGAGCUUCAAUUGAGAACUUUGAACAAAUUGGCGUCCCUCCCAAAGGGACUUCAACAUGUUCCCACUCUGCGCAGACUCCUAAUCGAAAGUUGUCCUAAUUUGAUAUCUUUACCGGAGUGGAUAGGAAGCCUUACCGCAUUACAAGCUUUUGGGAUUCGCGAAUGUCCUCAACUGUCAGAAAGAUGCAAAAGCAAAAUGGGUGCUGAUUGGCCCAAGAUUGCUCACGUACCAAAUAUUGAUAUUGAGAGAGGAUGGAUUCAAGUGGAUGGCAUAUACAAACUAUAAUCAGAAGAAUCAGACUUUUCUUGGGAGAUGGAAAAUUUAUUUGUUCUGAAAACAAAAUGAAAUUCAACUUUUCACGCUUAUUGAAAUCUUACUUAUUCCUUCCAUUCAAUUGUGUGGAAAAGAAAAUGACAAUCUAAAGCAUUUGCACCAAAUUGAGGUCUAAUCUCCAGGCAUGUGAUCUGGAAGAAUUGUUUGGAAAUUUUGCCACCAGAUGCAUGUUCUGAGUGUUCAGGACUUCAGGUUGGGUUAAGAUUGCAGUUGAAGAUCAAAUCUAAUAAGAAUUAUAUUUUAAGUUGUUUGGCAUCUUGGUCACAAUGUGUUCUGUGAAUUUAUACUAUUGGGCAGUACUAAAUCAAACAUGGUUUGCGAUCAAUCAAAUGAAUGGAGGAACUUUGGCUACUGUUUAUCCUUUUAAUGGUAGUCUGAGGUUGUUCUGCUGAUAGUGCGACUCAGUAGAUUGAAGCAUUCCCAUGUAAUUUUAAGUGAGCUAUGGAAUUUCAAAUAAGCAUUCUGCAAAUAUGGUCUUCAAUUUCAGAGUUUGGAAAUUGAUAAUGGUUCUAUCUUGUUGAAAGAAGCCAGAAAAGAGCAAUUGUGAAUUGGCCUUGCAAUUAUUAGAGAACUCAAGGGAUAGCCCAAGAAUGCUCACCUCCGAGAGGUUGUAUUUGGCAUAAAAAGAAAAGAUCCUACAGUUCACUGCUUUACAGUUACAUGAAAGCAAAUCUUAUCUCUUGCGUGUGGUUCUGUUUUGGAGAUUUUGAGGCCCAGAAUGCAUAAUUUUCCCCAUCUUGAACUGGUUGGCAUUUUAAGUGGCAAUAUGUUGCAAAGAAAUUGAAGCAUUCCCAUAUAAGCUUGUGUGAGCUUUGGAGUGUCAAAUGAGCAUUCUGCAACCCUUGCUUCUUCACUUUUAGACUUUGGAAAUUGAUGAUGGUUGGUUCUGUCUUUUCAAAAGAUGCCAGAGACGAGCAAUUGUGGAUUGGCCUCUCGUGUGCUACAUGAAAAUUAAGGGGCCAAUGCCUAUCAGGUGGACAACUGAUCAUCUAACUUAUCUGCAAUCAUCUGCUAAAGGAUCUAGAAUUUCUGCUAGAGAACUCGCUGCAAAACCUCACUUCACUUCAAUGCCAUAAUAUUUGGGAUUGUCCACAAAUAACAACCUUGUCUUCUGAUAUACGGCAUUCAGUAGUGGAAAAAUCAUUGUUUCUGAAAAAAAAAAGAAAAAAAAAGGAGAUUCAACACUUGAUAUUGCUUCAAAUCUUACUCCUUCCACCAGUUGUGUGGUAAGUAAUAUUACCGGGUUGGUUUUUUUCUAUCAUUUUACUGUUAUAUUUUCAUGUACAAUAAUUAAAUCUCAAAAACCCCAUAGUUUUACCUUUCUUUGAUUUGGUUUCUGGGAAAACAAAAUGAAAAUCAGGAGUUUCUUCGAGAAAAUGUAAAGCAUUUGCCCAAAAUUAAGGUCGAAUCUCCAGGCUUGUGAUCUAGAAGAAACAUGCUCUGUUCAAUGCUCUUCUGUUCUUUUUUUUUUUUUUUCCUUUUUUUAUGUAACUUCUACAUUUUUAUAAAUUAUUUUCAUAUGUUUCUUCACUUUAAAGAUCAUUUAUGUGA